AUGAGCGAUGGGGGGAGCGAGGCCGGCAGGCGAGCCCUCCUCCUGGGCGACUCCGGAGCCCCCCUGGAGCGAGCCCGGGAGAAGGAGAGUGCCAAGCUGCGAGCCGGGCCGGCCGGAGGAGCAGGACUCAAGGAGCUGCCGGCCGGGACCUCGGCUUCCAGCCCCGGCUCCUCCAAGGAGUGCGCCCCGGAGACCGACAGCCAAGCAGCGGGAGGCGAGGCGGAUUACUGCCGCCGGAUCCUGGUGCGAGAUGCCAAAGGGACCAUCCGGGAGAUCGUCCUUCCAAAAGGUUUGGACCUGGAUCGGCCGAAAAGGACCCGGACUUCUUUCACUGCUGAACAGCUCUACAGGUUGGAGCUGGAAUUUCAGCGCUGCCAGUAUGUCGUGGGCCGGGAAAGAACAGAGCUAGCGAGGCAGCUGAACCUCUCUGAGACGCAGGUCAAGGUCUGGUUCCAGAAUCGCCGCACCAAGCAGAAAAAGGAUCAGAGCAGGGACUCUGAGAAACGCACCACUUCCACCUCCGAGUCUUUUGCGACUUGCAACAUCCUGCGACUUCUGGAACAGGGGCGGCUCUUAUCUGUCCCAGCCCCUCCAACGUUGCUCUCCCCAACUUCCAACCCCAUCAUCUCUUCUUCUGGUAACGGAUCCUCCAUGGGGACAUCAGGAAACACCUCGCCCGGACUCAGCAGCGGGGGAAGCCCUCCUGGGCCGGGGGCCUUCAGCUUGCAAGUCCCCUCCUUGGCAUCCUCAGCUUCCCCACAGCUCCCGACCGCCCCGCUUUCUUUCAGCAGCCCACUGCUGGGGAGCCUGCACGAAUUACCUAGUGGUUACGGACUGGGGACCUCUGCCUUUGAGCCUUACAUGCGGCUGGAGAGGAAAGACAAUACAAUACCCAGCAAGAAGCCAAGUUCUUAA